AUGGGCGCAGGCCAGUCUACCGCCCCGAAUUCUUCACAGACACCCCCGCGUGCCCUGCAUGUCCUACGCGUCACACCAUCCUCGCCAGCCUCGCAGACGAACAUCGAGCCAUUCUUUGACUUCGUAGUUGGAUUCCAAGGCGAUGACUUCUCCUCGACAGACAAUGCGGACGCGACGGAGCUUGAGAAGAUAGUCGAGAGCCAUGAGGGGCGGACGCUGAACCUGCUGGUCUGGAACAGCAAAAGUCAGCAGACAAGAGUGGUGCCAAUUGUGCCCUCGAGGGACUGGGCUUUGCCACACGCGACUGCUCCGGACCCGCAGGAACCGGAAGCGGAGCGCAAACCCUCGCUGCUCGGCCUGAGCAUGCGCAUGUGCCAGCCAGAGCUCGCCCUCGAUAACGUCUGGCAUGUGUUGGAUGUUCUCGAAGGAAGCCCUGCCGAGAGCGCGGGACUGGUGCCAUACGGAGACUGGAUUAUCGGAUGGUCUGGAGGCGUACUCAGUGCCGAGGGGGACUUCUACGAAGUCGUCGAGAAUCAUAUCGAAAAGCCCCUCCGUGUGUAUGUGUAUUCAUACGACUUCGAUACGAUCCGGGAAGUUGUUCUCGUUCCCAAUCGACACUGGGGCGGAGAAGGGCUGCUAGGAUGCGUCUUUGGCUUUGGCCUGCUUCACCGCAUACCACCAUUGCCUCCGGACAGAGAUUCGGGCUCUAUGCCGCCAGAACUGUCCGAGGAAUAUGAAGGCUACGAAGACCAACAACUCUUCGUGCCUGCUGAUUACCACGGUGAAAGCGAAGUCUCUGAGCAGGACCUGGACGAAGAGGAGCUGCGGUGGCAGCAGGAAGAGUGGAUGCGUCAAUCGUAUGCGAGCGCGAGCAGCUACGAGCAUGUGUCUGCCAAUGGCAAUGAGACCAUUUCUGCGUACGCUGCGCCGGCUGACGAGUUGGAUGAGCAGGAUUUUCUACAGGAACACGCUGGAUAUGAUGUCGAUUCCAGCCACGACCAUGACGAAGAUAAUGCUAUCAAUGACAAUGAUGACGGCGGCGGUAGCGGACCUAGCGAGGAGCAAUCCAUGCCUCCGUCCCCACAGGAACGCCCAAAUUUCGCAGUCGACCAGCAAUCGACUGCUGAGGAACCCCAGGUUAUCCCAAACGACGACAUACCCCAGCCCAGACCCAUCGCCACACGGAACAGCCACACUAUACCAAAGUCCAUUGACAUAGGCGACGUUCCACAAUCGUCACCUCCGGAUGCUCCUGAACCUGACAUUGAUGAUACCGUUGCAAGUACUCCGGUGCCGGUGCAUGUCACGCCUAUGCGGCCAGCCUUUUCUCCAUUCCGCGUCGGCUCGCCUCGCAUUGGCUCGCCACGCCCCUCAACACCGACCCCAAGGGCUGGGUCAUUCUCAUUCAUGCAUGGUGAUUGGUCGCGACCGUCCUGA